AUGCCAAAGUCUAAUGAGAAGAGUUCCGAUGACUUGGCAGAUUUCAAAUUACCCUUCCCACCAAGAAUCACGGCUCAUGAGGUGGUCUCUAUGAAAAAGAAGAAGGGUAAAAAACCUUCAAAGUCCUCAAACGCUUUUAUGAUAUAUCGUAAAGUUUUUUCUAAAGAAGUGGCAAAAAUACAUCGGUUCCAGCAGAAGAAAAUUUCGCCCAUUUGUGGCCAUUUCUGGAAUCGUGAGCCAAAGUAUGUUAAAGACGUUUAUCGUCAAUUGGCCACAGAAGUCGACAAAUUAUUCUUACAAUUACGCGAGGAAACUUCACUUCAAGACAGAAUUGAAUGGAAUAUGAAAGCCAUUCCGAAAAUAACAUCUCAAAGGUUGGAAAAACCAUCACCUUCGAUUUUACCAGAACUUUCUAUAGAUUAUUAUUUAAAAGAAUUCGAAAAUUUGCCUCAUGAUCCAUAUAAUAAUUAUGAAAAUAUUGAUAUAAAUGAUCCGAUUGCUCCAGAAAAUUCGUACUUUCCCCUUCCUUUAAUGUAUCCACCAGCUAUCCCGUAUUAUAAUUGGAAUUUCGAGUCAUACGAAAUGCAACCUCCAUUUUACCAUUUUCAAAUCGAUUCGAAUUUUAAUUCGAAUAUAUUAUUUAGAAAUAAUUUAUAA